CGGAGGUGAAGGAGGCGGAGGCGAAGGAGGCGGAGGCGAAGGAGGCGGAGGCGGAGGUGACUCGGCGAUGCCCUGCGGGGAGGCGCUCAUCGUGGCCCAGGAGCAGGUCAUCGAGGAUGGCCUCGUGUGCUGCGUGGAGGUGUCGGCGAGCAGCCCAGAGGACAUGGAGAUGAACGACGAGGUGGCCGAGCCCGCCGAGGAGGUGGUGGGCCCGAGCGAGGAGGGCGGAGGAGGUGGAGCCGAGGCUAUGGAGGCUGCGGAGACGUUGCUCCACAUGGAGGCCCCGGACCCCAACUGCGACGCUCACCACAUAGUGGCGGCCGAGGUGGAGGUGUUUGUGCCGCCCGACUCCCCGGGAUCGUUCGACAAAUCUCCGCUGCACGACGGCGCCCAGUCCCCGCGGAAAAAGAAAGGGCGGAAAACCAAGACGACUCGCCCGUGCUCCCCCUCUCUGAACCCGGACACGCCGGCCAAGAAGAAGUCGCGAGAAGGCCACACGGUGUACCUGUGGGAGUUCCUGCUGUCGCUGCUGCAGAACAAGAGCACGUGCCCGCGCCUCAUCAAGUGGACCGAGCGAGAGAAGGGAAUCUUCAAGCUCGUCGACUCGAAGGCCGUGUCGCAACUCUGGGGCAAGCACAAGAACAAGCCCGACAUGAACUACGAGACGAUGGGCCGGGCGCUGCGCUACUACUACCAGCGCGGCAUCCUGGCCAAGGUGGAGGGCCAGCGCCUCGUCUACCAGUUCAAGGAGAUGCCCAAGGGCUUCCUGGACGACCUGGGCGACCCGUCGGACGACUCGGGACACGAGUCGGUCAUCGCCUCGCUGAGCGCCGAGCUGCAACAGAGCGCCCCCCCGCCGCUGCGGGUGAAGGCGGCGGCGGUGGCGGCGUCUCCAGCCAGGCCCAAGAAGAUUGGUGGGACGCCGUGCAUGACGACCGUCCGCGCGGUGCAGAUGCCUUCGGUGAUCUCCAUAGACACCGCCUACCGGCAAUCGGUAGCGCUCGCUUCCGGCCAAGUCCUCAACCUCUCCGGCGGGGGCGGCGCCGGCAGCCCGAGAAUCCUGCUGCAGACGGCGGGCGGAGGCGCCCUGCACGACCUGCCGCCCGGGACCGUCAUCGCCACGACGUACGUGAGCGACGCGGGCGCCGUGGGCUCGGCCGCGACUCCCGCCAUCGCCGCGGGGGUCGGGGGGCACCAGCAGCAGCAGCAGCAGCACGAGUACAUCCUGGUGCUGACGCCCGUCGCCAACGGCGAGCACGGGGAGGCCACGCAGCUGCUCUUCUCGCUGCCCAGCGAGCAGGCGCAGACGGCGCCCGGCGCCGCCGCGCCGACGGCGAGCGAGGAGGUGCCGCUGCACAUCGUGCCGCACUCGGAGAUGGUCGUGUCGGAGAGCCCCGAGGUGGAGGUGGUGACUAUGAAGGAGGAGAGGGUGUGACGGGUGGUUCAGGGGGAUUGGGGGGCGGCGGCGGCACGGCCGCUGAAUCCGUCGCCCCCUUGUCGUCCUCCUCUUCCCCCCGACCCCCGACCCCCGACCCCGCGUGCCCGGCGGGCGUCACUUGGGUGUACAUACCGUGGAAGGGAUCAAAGUGGACUCGGGAGAAUAUACAAAACUAAAUGACAAUCAAUUUAUAUGCUUCUCAAAGAAGAGAGUUGUUUGUUUUGGUUUUCUGUUUUCUGUUGUUGAUUUCUUUCGUUUUUCUGUUUGUUUUGUAACUUAAAGCAGCACCGUUGGACCCCGCCAAAGCUGUCGCUUUCGCGCACGGCACUCGUGCGAGCGCUGUGCCGUCGUCGUAGUAGUAGGUGCCAUGACACGCGCAGGCCUCCGUCCCCAUCGGUUACCCCCCCCCCAACGAGCACGGCACCGUCGCCUGUACCGACGGACGUUCAUCCCGUAACGAAAACAAGCAUCCGCCGCCACCUAGUUUAGACCAAAAGAAAUGUUUACUCCGCCUCUGGGCAACGGAGCGAACCGCGUUUUUUUUUUGCAGUGCAUCAAAACUAACUUCUUCUUUUUUAAAUGACACGGACUUCCGAACGUUGCCGUGGAAUGUUGGCGCAUGUUUGUGUCGACCGUUGUUGAUAUUGUACAGAACCUGGUAUGUUGAAAUUACCAGUCUAUUUUUGAAUUCCCGACGACCCUUCUUUUGUCUUGUACCUUAUCGGCCGUCUCACGACGGCUUUAAAAAAAAAUAUGUCCUUCCGUUGCGUUAUUGCGGGCCAGCACCUCGGGCAAAAUCAAUUCCCGUGUCCGCCGUUGUACCAGAACACUUAUUAUGGCCAGCGGGCGGCAGAUGCCCAUUCACUCUGCAGCAGCAGCAGCAGCAACAACAACAACCAAUGUACAAAUCCACCGCCCCGGGUGCUGAUCGCAAUUUGUGUAAUUUUUCUAUCGACCGUGGUGCGUUUUUUUUAUCGCUCUCUUAUAUCUCUCGCUGGUGUAAAAAUGCAAACUCAUACACUACUACCCCAGAGUCGCUAAACAGCAGGCUUGAUUCACCGUAACACUCUCCCCCCCUCCCCCACUGUGUCUCUGUCUCUGCUACAAAUUGAGGAGGAGCUCCCUCGAUUUGAAGCUUUCGUGACUGCAAGGAUUCACCUUCUUGGUUCUUUCGGUAAAGUCACCACGUAGAAUGAGACUAAAACGAUAAAACAAAGUGGGGCGAUAAAAUUCUCACGACGUUUCGGCCACAGCACAAAGUAGCCCUUCUUCAGGCGAAGGAACAGAACUGUCGGGACGACAGCGCUUCAAUGGAUGCUGCUAAGACUCGCGGCGUCUUUUAAGCUUUCGAGCUCCCUCGUUGGCGGCUGCCGUGGUCACUCGGCCGCCUCUCCGCGCCCCCCUCGCCCCCCUCGCCCCCCUCGCCCCCCUCCUCGCCCUCCUCCGCGUGUCACCGCGUCCCCCCGGGAGCUUGCUGGGCAGCGGCGGCCGCCUCCCGCCGUAGUUCCAAAAGGUCGAUUUCCUUUCGCUCUUCGGCACCCUCUGCCGACUCGUGCGCCCAAACGGUGAUGGCCACCGCUACAACUCUUUUGAGCGGAAGCGACAGACGGGAAGAACCGCGAAAGAAAUCGCCGCUUGCUGCAAGCUGCUGCCACCCCUCUGCUGCCCGCAAGAGGCGAUUUGGCUGCGGGCUCGCCAACCCUGCUGUGCCCCCCCUUGGUAGCGCGGCGACGAAAGUCGAGUUGGCUCACAAGUGCAAAGGUGCAGCCCCGCAGCUGCCGCCUCGCAACCACCGCUGGCGGGGAGUGACCACGCCGCGCUCGAGAGCCCCCCCUCGAGAGAGAGAGGGUUGUUUUUGUUUUGUCUUGGCCUACUCUUCCCGCGCAGGAGAGGCCGGGGGGGGGGGGGGGGGUGAGUAGCAAGGAUGAAGAAGCUUUAUUUUAUAUUGGAGGAGGAAUCCGUGGAGCUAUGCAGCUCUUUCGCAGGUGUCUAGCAAGGGGAGGGAGGGCGUGUGGGGUGGGUCGGAUUCGUCACUCAAGCUAAUUUUUUUUAUGUUUACCAGGUGAAGCCCACCGAGGCUUAUUUAGCUUGUUUUUCGGAAGCGGGCCUGGCCACAAGUGACGUCUGCACCAAAGUGGCUUUUCACGUGGAAAUUUGUAGCGGCCAAACAAUAUCAAUAAUCUCAAUGCACACGCAGCCUGCCGAUUGUUGAACCCGUUUUACUCCAGCUGGGUGGACGGAUUUGUGAAAUUGUGCCGCACCAUCGUUUAGAUUCCCGCGCGCACGCCGGGAGAUGGCGCUCCCCCCACCACCCCGGUGGAGAGUUGGGAAACGUUUUAUUAAUGCCGAUGAAAUUUCGGCAAAAAAUAAUCGGGCGUGACCCCUUCCGUUGGCUUCCGGUGGUGGGCACGCGCAGAAGAGCGGCUUUGGGUUUGCCCAGCCGCUUGACCGAUGCGGCCCCCCCCCCCCUCCUCCGGCCCCCCCCCCCCCCAAAUUUUCGCACCACCGCUUACGGUCGCGCAGUGCCGUUCGCGGCUUGCGUCUCGCUCCCAACGAGUCCGCUCUUGAGUGGGCCAGUUAACACCGAUUGUUCGCACUUACAGAAAUGUCCGGAGCAAUAAACGCAAACACGGUUUCUUUUAUUUUACUGAGAAACGAAGGGAGCCGUCGUGGUUGGUGUAUCGGUGUUGGCACGCGCUGCUUCCAAGCAGAAAUCUGGGAUGGCGGCCAACGUAGAUGCGAUGAACACAUUUUUGUUAGCUGUAGCGGUAAAUAAGAGCCUGAAUUUUAAUGCGAGAUUGGGACCCGACGAAUUUCCAUUCGCUCCGCUUCGUUUGUUGUCCGCACGGAAUGCUCCGGCCUCUACCGCUGUGGCCUCGCGUGCCGUCGCGUGCCGCUCAUUCGGUCGUCUCGCGGCCGGCCGAGCCAGCUUGGUCGGAACGACGACGACCAUUUGUUGGUGUGGGGGGGGGGGGCACAGGCCCCCGUUCUCGUCCACCCCUUGCACGUCGCCAGACUGUGCACGGCCCCUCCAGCAGACGCCGGCGGAGCGAGACGAGCGUGGUGAAGGAGGCGUCGUUCGGUCUUCGGCGGCAGGCGAAAUCAUUGAUCCGUGACGACGGCGGUUUCGUCAAACCCCAAUCGAUUACGUAACCCAAUAGGAGUAGCGGCGUUCCGGACCGUCUUGACGCAAGCGUCCCUUGAAGCUUCCGAUUGAGAAGAAAAUCUUUACUUUCAGUGACUCGGGCGAGCCGCCGCGAGGUGCAGCCUCCUAGCGACACGAUCGCCCGGUGGCUUUGCAGCUCGGUUGCUGUGCGCUGUUGCGGCACUGCGUGUGAAGGUGAUCUCGCGUCGGGCAGUCCACGGUGUACAUCCCUGGGUAAGGUGUGUCCCACAUCGACUCUACAUCCUGUUGGAUCUUCGUGUUUUGAAGCCUCUCUCCCUUCUUUUACCCCCCCCCGGUCUUUUUCGGUUGCCGAUGAACACGAAUUUGAUGGGGGGGACGGACAAUAACGUAGUUUAGCGCCGAGCAUAACGCACGGGGGUUUUUUGGGUUGGAGCGCGUGAAUGUAUAAAUGUGCCGUUAAAUCCGCCACACCACCCGACACAGCCAAUUGCUAAGGUUUGUCGUGUCAACAGAACGUGGCCAAUUCGUCACUUGUACAGCACUAACCGGUUGUGUUGGAGAGCAAAGCCACACAACAUUUUACAAUCGGAGUACGACGUUUCGCCAGUAGUUACAACCGGCAUCAGCAGGCGGCAGUCAGACUUGUGGAGAAAUCCUCCCGUUUCGUUAAAUAGAGGGAAAGGUGUGCGCCAUCUCCUCUCCUUACCGAUUGGCUGUGGCUGGUUUAACGACAAAUUUAUAUUUACGUGAUCUAAUCUGAUAAAAGCCUUUGGAUAAUAUUGGUCGUAAAAGCCUCUAACUCUCUGCGUGUUAAACUAGUGUAGAGCAGACACGCGCUGUUGUCACCCACUGGGUGCUGACAGUCCUGGGCCAUACCGACGAUGACAUUGUACGUUUACAAUUUCUGUAAUUAAAAAAAACUAAAAUUCUUAGUUUUUUUUAAGAUUUCUUAAAAGGCACCUUUUUUUGUGCGUUCACAGCAAACCGUAUGCCCCCCCCUCUCCCGCAAACUCUUUUUAAAGUGUCCCGGAAGUUUCUAAUCGCCGCUCGUUUUCAGAGAAGGGUACAAAAGCACCCCGCACACACACACGCAAACACAACUUGAUCCAGGAGGACCGGGAGAGCGCCGGAGAAAUUCCUUUUUAAAGUGUCGGAGCGUGCGAGGGAGAGAACUCGUCGCAGAACCUGUACACUCCCACCCCCCGUAUUCCGUGACAUUUGCCACCUCGGUUUUAAAGACUCUUGGGGCGGGGUAGCGUGGCGUGUAUCGCGACAUGCUGUUGGUGGUGGGGAGGGCGGUGACGAUCGCGACGCGCCCGGUCAGUUUACGGACUCUCUGCUCCACCUGGCCUGGGUAACAGCGUUGAGCGGACGACGCCAAGAGUGGGUUUCUGUUAGGGCGCGUAGCGAACGCGCGGCUCUCUCGCUUGUAAGUUAAACAUUAAACGGCAGCAACAGCGUGACUGGAGGUUUGCUUUGGGUUAGAUCGUGCAAAUGUUUGAAUGCGUCUUAAUACACCGCCGCCAGCCGACACGGCCGAUGAGUGAGGUUUGUCAACGUGAACAAAACGUGCCAAUUUGUUACUAACACCGCUCGUGUGUUUGGGAGAGUAAAUAUCGCGAUGACAUUUACAAUUCGAGUAGCCGUGUUGACAUUUUCGCCGCUCGGUACAACAGCAGCCAGCCUCAUCAGGCGUCAGCCAGAGUUCGUGGAGAAAUCCUUCCUCCUGUUUGAGUCAAAACAAAUCCCGGCUUGCUGUACAGCAGACCGUGCCGAUGAUCUCAAGGAGUAGCGCUGUGUGUGUGCGUGCGUGCGCGCAUUCAACUUUUUGAGCGACGCACAAUAUAUU